AUGAGUGAGUCAUCGCCUCUUGAUUCAUUUCCAGACUUAAAAAUAGCAAAUAUUCACGAACAAUAUGCCCACACCAAAUCAAACGAAGACUUUACAAGUUUAAUGAGCGAAAUCAAGAAAAAUAAUAUGUUACCAUUCUAUAAAUCUUUAGCUGCUGAAUAUGGCUGGACUGUUGACAACGAUUUCGUCAAUGCAGCCACCGCUGCUAACCAAGCCGAGCAAUCUAAGCUUGAAGUCGCUCUCAAUGACGCAACAGAAAAUCAAUCCGAAGAAGAUGUUCGUGUUGCCUACCAAAAUCUUGCUUUAUUCUUCAUCCGCAUUGGUGACUUUGAGAAUAGCAAGAAGAGAUUAGCAGAUCUCUUAGCUCAUACUGUUGCUCUCGGUCAAAAGAUUGAUGUCGUGUUCUGCCAGAUGCGCGUUGCUUUCUUCUUCAAGGAUUUCUCAACAUUCAACGAUCUCAACGAUCAGGCACAGGCUUUCAUCAAAGAUGGCGGUGAUUGGGAAAGAAAGAACAGAUUAAAAGUUUACGAAGGCUUAAGCCUUUGCGCUAGAAGGAACUUUAUUGCUGCUAGCCAGUUAUUCAUCUCUACAAUUUCUACAUACACAGCUACAGAACUUUUAACAUAUGAUGAGUUUAUUUAUCGUACAGUUGUUCUCGCGACACUUGCUUUGUCACGUGCCGACUUCGGAGCCAAGAUUGAUAAGGCUUUGGAGGUCCGCGCUGCUGACGAACAGACACAUAGAUUAUUAUCUUUAUACCACUUGAAUUACAGGGAUUUCUUCGAUGCUUUGGCCGAAGUAGAGAAUACAUUGACCUGCGAUAUUUGGUUCUCCCAACAUAUUUCUUAUCUUAUCAAGGAAUUACGUGUACGCGCUUAUUCUCAGUUCUUGGAACCAUACCAGGCCCUUCAGAUCUCAGCUAUGGCCUCCGCUUUCGGAGUUACAGAGCAGUUCAUCGAAGAUGAAAUUCGCAGAUUUAUUUUCUCAAGAAAACUUAACGCCAAGAUUGAUAGAGUCUCCGGAACAAUCCAUACAAACCCACCAGACUCACGUGCCGCAAAGAUGAGAGAGGCACUCAAGCGUGGAGAAGUUUUGACUGCAAGACUGCAGAAACUCUUACGCCUUUUGUCGGCUUAA